AUGGCGAUCAUUCUUUGCGUAGAUCUUGUGUCUUACUUGAUAACCUCAAAUAAUAAGGAAAUGGCCGAGUGCCAAUCAGAUGAGCUCCAAGCUCGAAUGUCAGCAUAUGCUAGCGGAGAAAUGGAUGUAGCUGCACUGGUAGAUGAUUCGCACCAUAAAGCCCGAUUAUUAGAGGAGUGUGACCAGCUCAAAAGUCGAUUGUCGCAGGCCAAUGAACGCGUGCAAGAAGUGGAGGCUAAGUGGAUCACCGACAAAGCGGCACUCGAUCGUCGACUACUGGAUCUUGUAAGAGAACGAGAUCGAAUGCAGAAGGAGCAUGAAGCCCAGGAAGGUACAUGGAAAAAGACAAUGAGUGAGAAAGAUAAACAAGCUAGAGAGAAGCAAGCAAGACUUGAACAACGAAUACAAGAGUUGGAAGCUAUCCAGAAGACAAUGCAGGCCGGCCUACAAGUUCAACAACAAGGCAAGUCCCCGCCUACGCCCCCGCCACCGGCCCCCGGUCCUCAUCGCGAGAACGGCGCC